CAUAGUCACACAUUGAUGAACACGCGUCACAAUACUGUGUCUCUUGCAAAGUAUGUUCACUUCUACUUCGAUAGCGCCAUGUGUUCUGUGAGGUUCCUGCUACUCACCUUUGUUUUAAAUGCAAAGUUGACGUCAACUCAAUUCCUCCAACAGCGAAGCAACCAACCAACGCCAGCCGUUCAGGAUGAGAUAGUGGGUUACGAUGAUGAAAGUUACUCGAGCGAAUAUGCUGGCGAAUAUGAUGACAGUGAAGAUUAUCCAGAUAUUGGGGAGUAUUCCAUCGAAGAUGAAAACUAUCCGAUAGAAGUCGAAUACCCCGGAUCGCAAGUGAGGACAACACCGCCUUCGGUAACUCCCGAAGAGCUUCCAUCAUCAUCCGUUUCGUCAAACAUUUCAAAACCGACACCAUAUACGAGUUACACAAGGUUCACCCAACCAACGAUUCCAGUUUCACCAUCCGCAGCUACAGAAGCAGCAAAUUAUCCUACUAUAUCGAAUGAUAACGAUUACGCUUAUCCUGACUUACUGACAUGCCUCAGCGGGUACGAAUGGAGCGAAGCGGCAAAUGCUUGUCUCGAUUUUGAUGAGUGUUCAUUGGACGAUGAUAUUUGUGGUGAUGGAGGCGACUGUUUAAACAGAGAAGGGUCGUUCGAGUGCGUUUGUAACAACGGUUACAUUCUCACACAACACAGCGGGCUUUGCGAAGAUGUUGACGAAUGUAGCUUUCCGGAGUUGCUUCCCUGUAAAGGACGAGGGGAGGCAGAAUGUUAUAAUACAGCUGGAUCGUUUCGUUGUUCGUGUGAAACGGGAUACGUUUGGUCCAGGGGUCAUUGCCAAGACGUGGACGAGUGUCAGUUUUCAGAUGGUUGUGAACGUCUCCAUGGAAACCGAUGUUUAAACACAUUUGGUAGUUACACCUGUGAGUGCAGGUCACGUGGUUUCAUUAGAUCCGCAUCAGGAGACGCUUGCCUUGAUGUAGACGAAUGUAACGGUUACGCUGUAUGUCCCUCACCAAGCAUAUGCAUAAACACUGUUGGCAAUUAUACGUGCGACUGUCCAACAGGAUAUGUAAAAGUCGGUAGUGACUGCGAAGAUGAAGAUGAAUGUCUCCUAGAAAGACACGAUUGCUUCGACACUUCGGUUUGUGUGAAUACAGAAGGUUCUUAUACGUGUAAAUGUAAAGUAGGAUUUACUGGAAGUACCAGAGAAUGUUUGGAUUUGGAUGAAUGUGUAAAUGAGGACGUAUGCGAGCACUUAUGUGAAAACAACCUUGGUAGUUACACAUGUUUAUGCGCUGAGGGUUAUACACUACUGGAAGAUGAAAGAAGCUGUGGAGAUGCGGACGAGUGUGAGACCGAAAAUGGCGGCUGUGAUCAGUAUUGUAACAAUCUGGAAGGAAGCUACUUUUGUACAUGCGACUACGGGUUUUUACUUCACGUCGAUGGCCGAAGCUGUUUAGACGUUGACGAAUGUCGGGUGAGAAAUGGUGGAUGUUCUCAUGUCUGCGUUAACCAUCCCGGAGGAUACGAAUGUACAUGUCCAGGCAAUAUGACCAUCAAUCGUGAUCUGACUACAUGUAUAGAAAUCAAAUCAUGCUCAAUAAAGAACGGAGGGUGCGAACACACUUGUUCAAUUCGCCAGGGUGGAGAAAUUGAAUGCGGUUGUAGGUCAGGUUGGAAACUAAGUAGAGAUGGCAGACACUGUGAUGAUAUUGAUGAAUGUUCUUUGGUUUCACGCGGCAACUGUCAGCAGUUAUGCUUGAACGUACCUGGUUCUUGGGAGUGUGGAUGCAACGAAGGGUACAGACGUAGAAAUGACAGUUUGUUUACCUGUCAGCCAACAUGUGGCAGUGAAUGUCUUAAUAACGGUAUAUGCGUGGCACCAAACCGCUGUUAUUGUCCUCCUGGCUAUCCGGGACCAGACUGUACACCGUUGUGUACACCAUCCUGUGCACACGGGGGGAAAUGCAAACGAUUUAAUGUCUGUGUAUGCCAAGCUGGAUGGAGGGGACCAACAUGCAAAACAGCUUUAUGUACACCACCUUGUGCGAAUGGCGGAAUAUGCAGAGCGCCCGACCAGUGUGAGUGCAGUCAUUUAUACACUGGGAGUUUUUGCCAGAACCCAAACUGCUUUCCUUCAUGCCAAAACGAAGGAAUAUGCGUGGGCGUGAACAAGUGCGUGUGUAAAAGAAAUUGGUCUGGACCACGAUGCGGAAUUCGUUCCACACCUUUUGUUUGCAAUCCUCCUUGUGGUAAUAACGGCAUAUGCAUCGCAUCAAACAGAUGUAAAUGUAAACCAAAUUUUCGGGGAACUCGGUGCGAAGAAGCAAUAAUCAAGAAGUGUCGACCUCCAUGUCGUAACGGUGGAACUUGUCAGGUUGCUAACAAAUGUCAAUGCCCGGAGGGAACGAGGGGGUUUAGGUGUCAACGAAUGAUCUGUCCUCGGGUAACCGUGAGAGUUCCUUACAAUCGUACGAUUCGGAAAAGUUUCAGAGAGAGCUAUUUAUCUCCAUGUGGAAAAAGGGUUUGUACACGAUGGAGAAUGAACCAAAGACGAAUCGUCCUUCCCUCAUAUAGAAUUCAAUACCGCAUACAAUGUUGAAAGUCAUGGUUGAUUAGAUAUCCCGAUGAAAUAUUGUUUAAUGUUCAUACUCAGUAUAUUUUAACACAUUAGACUGAACAAUGCUCAUCAAUACAGCAACAAGUUCAACUUUGCAUGAUUAUAACUUGUGACCACACUGAUGUUACAUGCAACACGAACGCAGUUUAUUACA